AUAAUUCUGGGAGGUGAGCAUAACAGAAGAGCACAGAGUAAGGGGUCUGAGAAGGCCUUUGAAAUCACAGUAGAGGCCAAUUUACUAUGGUGUUUUAACUUUGCAUGGACAAUGAAGCAAAUAUACUUUAGAAAAUGCCAACAUUUAUAAAAUUGUUACAAGUAUAAAGAAAUUUGUACAUUUCGAAGUGAAUUUUAAAACUGGGAUGAGAAGAGGGAGCCAAAAAUGAACGUACACAAAUAUGAAACAAAGAGAACAUACUGAAAGAUGAUACCUAAAAUAAAUACCCACAAAGACAACUACAAGAAUAAAACUCUGGGAAAGAGCGAUUUUAUAAUUCAGCUUUCUGUUCUGUUCAGGAGUCUUAAUUUCUAUGGGUGUAAACUAAUUAAGGGAGUGGAUUGCAGAGUAAAGAGCUCGCAAUUAGCAUGAGCUCUGUGACAAGAGAGGAUCUCUAUACACAUUAUAAAAUGUAAUCUUUGAAACUACCCUUGAAAUAAGUGUCUUGUUUCAUCUUUUCUAGAAGAAAUCCAUGCUCGUGGCAAUUAUCUUACAGUAGAGCAGGAUCAGACGAUUCAUCCAUUAGAAAAGUAAGCUCAUGGUCUUUUAAGUCCAGUGACCAGAUACUUGUAAUAUGGCAGAACUCAUCCUGUCCCUUUCCACAAAGCAGUCUUGGGAUGGUUAUGAAUUUCUCCUUUACUAGGAUGGCACUCUGUUCACUUCAUAGUCAGCUGGCAUUGUGCAAAGAACAUUUCUAAUUUACCGUCUCCUUAAGAAGUUAUUUACUAGUUAGCCCAGUGCUGGGCAUCAAUAUGCAAGACUGGUUCUCAGUUUAUUUUGAUUACCAAAUUCAGUCAUAGAGGCCACAAGUUUUGCUUGUGUUCAGGUCACACACGCUUGCUGGAAGACCUCUUACAUCGCGUUAGCUCUCUAAAGCUCUACACCGGAACAGCACAGCGUUUUGAAGUGACUGUAAAAAGGAGGCAACUUCCCCCCAUAGAGAAAGCCAUCAUAGCAUCCUAAGUGGUAUAAAGUUUCCAGGGACUUCCGAUUCCAUGUCGCCUUGGGCAAGACUCAUUUCCUUUUGCGUCGAUCUGGGAGAAAAACAAUUAUUUUGUAGGCGUCACGUGACCAUGGUGAGACUCGAAGAAGAAAUUGUGACAGAGGACUUUGCCGACCCGAAAGCCCUCAGAGGUGUCACACACCUGAAAGAAGAGAAUGUCAAGACGCAGUAGCCGUUUACAAGCUAAACAGCAGCCCCAGUCCAGUCAGACGGAUUCCCCUCAAGAAGCCCAAAUAAUUCAGACCAAGAAAAGAAAAACGACCCAGGAUGUCAAAAAAAGAAAAGAGGAGAAGGUCACUAAGAAACAUCAAUAUGAGAUUAGGAAUUGUUGGCCACCUGUAUUAUCUGGGGGGAUCAGUCCUUGCAUUAUUAUUGAAACACCCCACAAAGAAAUAGGAACAAGUGACUUCUCCAGAUUUACAAAUUACAGAUUUAAAAAUCUUUUUAUUAAUCCUUCACCUUUGCCUGAUUUAAGCUGGGGAUGCUCACAGGAUGUUUGGCUAAACAUGUUAAAAAAAGAGACCAGAUAUGUUCAUGACAAACAUUUUGAAGUUCUGCAUUCUGACUUGGAACCACAGAUGAGGUCAAUACUUCUAGACUGGCUUUUAGAGGUAUGUGAAGUAUACACACUUCAUAGGGAAACAUUUUAUCUUGCACAAGACUUUUUUGAUAGAUUUAUGUUGACACAAAAGGAUAUAAAUAAAAAUAUGCUUCAGCUUAUUGGAAUUACCUCAUUAUUCAUUGCUUCCAAACUUGAGGAAAUCUACGCUCCUAAGCUCCAAGAGUUUGCGUAUGUCACUGAUGGUGCUUGCAGUGAAGAGGAUAUCUUAAGGAUGGAACUCAUUAUAUUAAAGGCUUUAAAAUGGGAACUUUGUCCUGUGACGGUCAUCUCCUGGCUAAAUCUCUUCCUCCAAGUUGAUGCUCUUAAAGAUGCUCCUAAAGUUCUUCUACCUCAGUAUUCUCAGGAAAAGUUCAUCCAGAUAGCUCAGCUUUUGGAUCUGUGCAUUCUAGCCAUCGAUUCACUAGAGUUCCAGUAUAGAAUACUGGCGGCUGCUGCCUUGUGCCAUUUCACGUCUAUUGAAGUGGUCAAGAAAGCCUCAGGUUUGGAAUGGGACAACAUAUCUGAAUGUGUCGACUGGAUGGUGCCUUUCGUCAGUGUAGUAAAAAGUACCAGCCCAGUGAAGCUGAAGAUUUUUAAGAAGAUUUCUAUGGAAGACAGACACAAUAUACAGACGCAUACAAAUUAUCUGGCUAUGCUGGAUGAAGCAAAUUAUGUAAACACCUUCAGAAAAGGGGGACAGUUAUCACCAGUGUGCAAUGGAGGCAUUAUGACACCACCCAAGAGCACAGAAAAACCACCAGCGAAACACUAAAGAAGUUAACUGAGCAAACAGGUUGGAACUGAUGGAGUGCUUCCUAGCAUUUCAUAGAACUUAACUACUUUUACAGCAAAAUUGUGCUGUGACUGUCCUCACCAAUUCAGAAGUUUCACUGCCAUUCUCUGAUUUUAAAAACCACUUAAAAUUGGCACUAAGGAAGAAAUUUAUAAAAUUCCUAUGUUAGCUGUUUAAAGAAACAGCAGAACUUGUUUACAAAGAUGACUUCCUGCCCAACACUGACUGGAUAGAAGCCAGCCACAAUCUAUGCCAUAACAUUUUUUUUUUUUUUUGAUCCAGUGUUAACUAUGUUUAUCUACAAACUAGGAAUUUUAUCAUUGGUGUUUUCGACUAGAUAAGCGCUACCUUAAAGGGUACAUUAAGUGAUAAUAGUACUUUGAAUCUAGUUUUUAGAUUCUCAAAAUUUAUCAUCAACUCUUGCCUAGUGCAAUUUGGUUCUUGAAAAUAAAAUUUAAACUUGUUUACAAAGGUUUAGUUUUGUACUAAGGUGACUAAUUUAUAGCUGCUUGUAGCAAGCUAUUAUAAAACUUGAAUUUUUAAAAAAUGGUGAACUUUAAUCCAUUUGACUUGUUUAUUUGCCAUGCCAUAACAUUUUUAACCAGUAGGGCUUAGAUGAAUAUGGUGUUUGAACUGUGCUCUAAACAGUGGGAAUACCAAAGAAAUUAUAAACAAGGUAAAUGCUGUGGUUCCUACUUGGGGCUUUGACACACAGAUUGCUUUAUAACUUUUUUGUACAUCACAAUUUGAGUGAAAAACUUAAGUAUUUUUUCAAACUAUUUACAUGAGAAAGUCACUUUAUUACUCUAAAAAGAAAAAUCCUUAGGGUUAUCACAAUUUAGUGUGACUAAGGCUUUAUUUAUGUUUGCAAAACUGUUAAGAUCCUUUUAAAAUUCCUACAUUAUGGGUUAAGGACAGUGUCAAAGUGAUGAAGCUUAACACUUGACCUAAACUUCUAUUUUCUUAAGGCAGUAAAUGUAUACUGAUUCCUAGAAAUCUAUUUAUUUAAAAAAAAAGACAAAACCUUGACAUAAGAACUUGCUGUAUAUAGAUAGCUACUUCCACAUAAAUAUUGCAGUUUUUUUAAAAAUGAAAUUUCAGCCUCAAAAGUGGAUCUGAUUAGAAAAAUCAUACUAGAUUAUUAGUUUAUUCUAUUACUGGACAUGUGAAUCUCUUCUUCCUUUGAAGAAAUUAUAAAUUUAAGCUAUUGUGGUAUGAAGUCUUCUGUACAGUUUUUGUUUUUAAACUAGUAUGUUUCAGCAUUUUGUCUGAAAAGAAAACACCACUAUGUACAUAUGUAUUAUAUAAACUUAAUCUUUUAAUACUGUUUAUUUUUAGCCCAUUGUUUAAAAAAUAAAAGUUAAAAAAUUUUAACUAACUGCUUAAAAGUAAAGUUUUGCCAUUG